GCAAUCUCACAGAGAAUGGCUUUCGUACUUCAUCAUGGAGCAGCCGGAUUUCUCUCUCCAGUGAGCAAGACGCGAGCAGCAGCGCAAAGCCAGCACCCUGGAAUCAGAGCAACAGCAGUCAGGGAGCAGCCACUGGAAGAAGAAAAAGAACUGAAAAGCUUACUUAGUUUAAGCUCCUCCUCCAUCGCCACCGCCGCCACCACCACCACCGCCAGAAAGCCAUACACGGGCAUUGCAGGACGGCUCUGCGACGCCGCCGAGAGCUUCAUUGCAAACUUCAUCGAGCCGCGAGUGGUGCGUCCCCCGCGAUCGGACCCAAAGAUCCAGCUCGCCGACAACUUUGCGCCGGUUCCCUGCGAAGUCCCUCCGCAGCCGUGCACCCUGGUUCGAGGAGAGAUCCCGGAGUGCCUGAAAGGAGGCAUCUACAUCCGGAACGGUGCCAAUCCGCUCUUCAAGCCGGUGGGAGGAUACCACUACUUCGACGGCCAUGGAAUGCUUCACGCUGUCAAGUUCGUUGGUGGAGUUCCAUACUACUGCUGCCGCUACACCAAGACCAACAGGUACAAGCACGAAGCUUCCGCUGGCCGGUCCCUGUUCCCGAAUCCGUUGGGAGAUAGUCACGGAGUCCCAGGAAUCGCUCGCAUCACACUCUUCGCCAUGAGAGUCGCGCUGGGAAUCGUCGAUGCCACUGGAGGAAUCGGGACUGCGAACGCUGGGCUUGUCUUCCACAAUGGAACUCUUCUCGCCAUGUCCGAGGACGACAUGCCUUAUGCUGUUCGUAUCUGCGAGAGUGGCGACCUCGAGACCGUCGGAAGGUUCGGUUUUGAUGGCGAGAACCAGCUCAAGUCGCCAAUGACAGCUCAUCCCAAGCUGGAUCCACGGACUGGAGAGCUGCUCUGUUACAGCUACAGCGUCGCCACGAAGCCGUAUCUCAAGUACUUCAAAGUUUCUGCUCGAGGAGUGAAGUCCAAGGACGUUCCAAUUCCCCUGUCCGAGCCGGUUAUGAUGCACGACUUCGUGGCGACCGAGAACUUCGUCGUCUUCCCGGAGACGCAGAUAGUUUUCCGGUUCCAAGAUCUCUUCCUGAAGAGAACCUCUGCCGUUGUGUGCGACGAGAACAAAGUCCCACGAUUUGGUGUUCUUCCCAGGAACGCCGAGGAUGUGUCCGGCUUGAAAUGGUUCGACGUCCCUGGCUUCACGAGUUUGCACUUUGUGACCGGCUGGGAGGAGGACGGCGGAGAAAAGAUCGUGCUGAUCGCUGCAAAGACAUGGCCGCUCAGGAACAUGUUUGAUGAUCCGGCUUCCGUUCAUAACACAGUCUGUGAAGUCCAUCUAGAUAUGAAGACGAGCCUGGCUACCGUAACACGAGUCACUGCUGCAGUUCUCGAGAUCGGCCAAGUCGAUCACCGGAUGAUCACCAGAAAGACGAGGUAUGCUUAUUAUUCGAUUUAUGGUCCCUGGCCGAAGUUCUCUGGAGUUGCAAAGCUCGAUCUGAAUGCUCCCAGAUGUUCCAACGUGACGACCAUCUCUGAAGAAGCUCUCGAGUAUGACCCCGCUGUGGUUGCAUGGAGAAAAUUUGGAACGGGACGUUUUGGCAGUGAGCCAUUUUUCGUUCCCAGGAACGACGAUGCCGAGGAAGAUGACGGCUUUCUGCUUUGCUACGUCCACGAUGAAAUAACUGGCGUCUCCGAACUGCUUAUUAUGGAUGCGAGCUCUCCCAAGCUAGACACAGUAGCGUCCAUCGAGCUCCCUUCGAGAGUACCAUACGGUUUCCAUGGGCUGUUCGUGAACAAGGAAAAGUUAGCUCAGCAGAAGCCUGUAUAACAAGUAGCUACCAAACUAAUGUGUGUAGGUCCAUAUCACGUCAAUGUCCAGCGUUUGACACCGCAGCCAAUGGAUUUAUUUGCAAUCCGAAA